CUGAAGAUGGCUCGAAGGACGUGGCAUAUGUUUAGUACAAUAUCAUUAUUAUUUACGAUUUUAUCACUUGUAGGGGAUGUUUUAUCUACGUCAGCGGCACCAUGGUACGAAGACCUACCGGCGGUAACAAUGGAUUACAAAGUCCACAUAGACGCAGGAAAAGAAGACUGCUAUUUUCAAUAUGUUCAGCCGGGUGCCACAUUUUACGCUAGUUAUCAGGUGUUGAAAGGUGGUGAUGGUAUGUGCGGGUUUGCAGUGCGACACCCUAACGGUCAGAUCGUCCAUCCGUACGAAUGGAAACAGAGUGCUGAAUAUGCGGACCAAACGAGCACAGGUGGAUACUACGCUGUGUGUAUAGACAACCAGUUUUCAAGAUUUGCUGGCAAACUAGUCAAUUUGUAUCUGUCUGUAAUAAGAUAUGAUAAAUGGGAACAAUAUGCGAAGGAGAUUGAGGAGUUAGAUAUGAAUAUCAAGAACUUUACUAAUUCCAUAAAAUUUGUUGAACAUAAUGUGAAUGAUAUCCUGCAAUAUCAGUAUCAUUCGAGGGCUAGAGAAACACGAGACUAUAAUCUUUUAAUGGACAAUAAUGCCUAUGUGCAAAGGUGGUCUAUUAUCCAAAUACUUACAAUAGCAGCUACAGCAACAUUACAGGUGUAUUUUGUCAGAAAACUGUUUGAAGUAAAAGAUAAUUCUUCCAAAACAAGAAUAUGAGCACAGUUAGACCUGAAACUUGAAAAUCAUUCCUUACUGAUUUCUAGACUUCUGAUCUCUUCUUCUUUCUCAUUUAUAAGUUUACAAUUAAUUUAGACCUGCAUCCUACACUAUAGAUAGUACAUUAACAUACUCAGUUACUUUUAUGUUGCAAUUUAGAGAAAUAAGCGGAAAGUGUUGUACAUUGAAAUGCAUUUUUUUUUUAUUUUUU